GUUGACGCGCUCUUGCCCCCGCAGAACAACCGGCGGUACGGCCCGGGCGAGUACCCGCGCAGGCUGCGGGUCUUCCUGGACAACAAGAGGCAGAUCGAGCAGCACAACGCCGGCAACCACAGCUUCCAGAUGGGCCUGAACCAGUUCUCGGACCUGACCUUCGCGGAAUUUAAGAAGCUGUACCUGUGGAGAGAGCCCCAGAACUGCUCAGCCACGAAGGGGAACUUCCUGGGCAGCUCCGGGCUGUAUCCCGACUCCAUCGACUGGAGGAAGAAGGGGAAUUUCGUGACGCCUGUGAAAAACCAGGGUCCCUGCGGAAGCUGCUGGACCUUUUCCACCACGGGCUGUUUGGAGUCUGCCAUUGCUAUUGCGACGGGAAAGCUCCUCUCUCUGGCAGAACAACAGUUAGUGGAUUGCGCCCAGGCUUUUAACAACCACGGCUGUAGUGGAGGCCUGCCAAGCCAAGCCUUCGAGUACAUACUGUAUAACAAAGGGCUGAUGGGGGAGGACACCUACCCAUACCGGGCUGAGAACGGCACCUGCAAGUUCCAGCCAGAGAAGGCUGUUGCAUUUGUCAAGGAUGUUAUCAAUAUCACGCAGUAUGACGAGGAAGGCAUGGUGGAAGCUGUGGGGAAGCACAACCCGGUGAGCUUUGCGUUUGAGGUGACAGGUAACUUCAUGCACUACAGAAAAGGCGUCUAUUCCAACCCACGAUGCGAGCACACCCCUGACAAGGUGAACCAUGCUGUCCUUGCUGUGGGGUAUGGAGAAGAAAAUGGGACUCCUUACUGGAUUGUGAAGAACUCCUGGGGCCCGCUGUGGGGCAUGGAGGGGUACUUCCUUAUUGAACGCGGCAAGAAUAUGUGUGGUCUCGCUGCUUGUGCAUCUUACCCGGUUCCUCAGGUGUAAGAAGAGAGCACAGGCUGGGAAAAGUGGGCAUAGGAGAAGGAAUGACUGAUCAUAUACGAAUUUCUGAAUGCUAAAAUCAAGCGAGAACAAAAUGAAAUACCGAGCAGAUGAAAGUUGUUAUCUGCAGGCAGAUUCCUCGGCUUGCACACAGCUUCUUGCCAUAGGAAGACCUGUGCCUCCUCUCCCCAGCCAAAAGCAAGCGUGCUCCUGUGCAGAGUGCCAGGCUCCCGCUUUCUCCUGGCUGUGGUGCCUCACCCUGUCCCAGCCAGGGCCCCGUGCUGCUGCUGGGGGGUGGCAGCAAUGGGGGACUCUUGGAUGGUGGAAAUGCCAUGUAGUUACCUGAUGUGAAGAUGCUGCUCCGACACAGCUCACGCCUUCCUGUAGGUGGCCGUUCCCUAAUCAACAGAUCUAACUUCUAGGGAUUUUAAAAUUUUCUUUGAAGGCGAUUUUUCCUUUCUCUAGAGGAAGAUGGGUGCUGUGAUUUGUAUGUUUUACUUAUUUUCGUUAAAUGUUUUUAGAGGUUUUUUGGUAUUAAAAAUUAGGGUAUUUUAAUGCAAAUUGAGAAGAAAUGGAUGAUUUUAUGAUUCAAGCAAGCAGCUUAUUGCUAACAUAAACCUGUGACGCUGUGAGAAGGUCGUGUGGCAGUAGAGGGCGCUUGUGUGUUAUUUCACUCUAAAACCGGCCCCUGACUGAAUAAAGACAACUCUUCACUGCUGUGGUGUGUGCUCUG